AUGUCACGCCAACUCAUUUCCAGCGAAAAGUUCCCUCCCAAGCCCCACAACUGCCCAGCCACCAAAGUUCCUGGUCUAGUCUUCUGCGCCGGACAGACUGCCACUGGCGAGAUUAAGCAGGCAACGAGGACUGUUCUCCAGAAUCUCAAGGAGGUGCUUGAGCUCUCCGGCUCAUCACUUGAGCAGGUCGUCAAGUACAAUGUCUAUCUAGCUGACAUGAAAGACUUUGCCGCUAUGAACGAGGUGUACAUAGAUUUUCUGCCCAAGCCCAUGCCUUCGCGAUCGUGCCUCCAGGCUCUUCCUCCUGGUGACGGUACUGUUAUUGAGAUUGAGUGCAUCGCGCAAGCUUAG